AUGGAUUGGGACGAAACCAUCACCAAAAGAGACACCACGGCUUUGGUGGCCCAGACAGCGUACCGCUGCAAGUCCGGCCUAACCGAUUUUUCACAUUACACGAAAAUCUACAUGGACGCUUACAACAUGUAUCUGGCCAAGUGGCUGGAGAGAAAUAAUCUUGAACAGGAGACUGAGUUCCAGCGGGGGCUCAAGGAGGUGGAGAUGGCGCUGAUAUCGGCGAUCGAAAGAGACGGUGUGUUCAAGGGUGUGACGAGAGCUGACUUUGCCGAGUCUGCUAAUGCCGUUGAGAUCCAGCCAGGGUUCGUUGAGUUUGUGAAAAAGAUCCAGAACGAGUCUCCCAUGUAUAUAUUGAGCGUCAACUGGAGUCGAACACUUAUCGAAGCGGCCUUGCAACGGGCAGGCGUGACGGGCAUCACUGUUCUAGCGAAUGAGCUUGAGUUUCAUGGAAACGUUUCCACGGGCCACUUUGGAAGUGAUAUGGAUAUUCGUACUGGCUGCGAUAAGAUUGUGGAGUUACGCAAAAUCAAGGAAAAACAUGGUCUGUCGGUCAUUUACGUUGGCGAUAGUUCAGGCGACGUCUUGCCUAUAAUAGAGGCAGACACCGGCGUCGUAAUUGAAGGAGGCAGAGCCACAAAGUACAUUGAGGCCUUGGGCUACACGGUUGGUAAUACUGAAAAUAAGACCGGCAUUGUUCCCGGAAUCUACGGGGCAAGCUGGAAACAGCUUCUACACUUGUGGUAG